CGUUCUUCCCAUCGUGUGCCGCGUUACUGCUGCCGUGCUGUUAAGCCGCCUGGAGCCGCUGACACUAACGACACCUGUGAAGGAAUACAGCGGGCGGUGCCGGAAUGGCCGAGCCAGCCGCGCCAACGGCGCCCCCAGCCCACGACCCCGCACCCGCACCCACACCACCAGGUGCUGCCGCCCCGCCGCCCUCAGAGGCAGCCUCCGCGGCGACUGCGGCGCUGCUGCUGCGUCUGCUGCCCGCCGGCGGGCCCACCGCGGCAGCAGCAGUAGCAAGCGGCAGCGGACGCGACGAGCGGCCUGCCACUGCUACAGCCGGCGGCGCCGCUGCUGGUGGUGCUGCCGCUGCUACAGCCGGUGCUGGUGCUGCUGGUGCUGCUGCUACAGCCGUGCCGAUGCGAUGGAGUCGGGAGGAGCUGGCGGAACUGUCGGGCCGGUCCGACCCCUCCUGCGUGCCGCCCCCCGGCGCCGACCCCACCGCGUAUGAGGUGGCCUUCUCCAAGUACAACCCCACACCAGGCACCGGUCGCACGGGCUUCCUGGCUGUGCCGCCCAACAACUACCCCUUCUACACCUCGGAGGGGGAGGGGCCGGCGGGGCGGGGGGGUGAGAAGUACGUGCCGGUGCUGCAGCCCGACGGCGGCCAGCUGUCAGAGUGGGAGCCCAUGUACGCACCCAGCAAGGAGCAGGCGGAGGCAGACCGGGCCGCAGCCUACGCCGCCGGGGUGCCGCACGGCUACCUGGCCCCAGGCGCGUCGCGGGCGGCGGCGGGCGCUGCCGAGGGGGAGGAGGUGCUGCAGCUGUGGGUGGUGAGCGAGCUGCACGGCGACGGCGAGUACGGCGCGCAGGUGGACGCGGCGGGCAGUGGGCGGCACCGCGGCGGACCGUUCCGGGUGGCGGUGGGCGCACGCACGCGGGUGGAGGAGCUGAGGGCGGUGCUGCGGGACGCGGGCGGGCUGCUGCCGGCGCUGCAGCGGCUGUCGUACGCGGGCAAGCACCUGGACGACUCGCAGCGCACCCUGCAGCACUACGGCAUUGCGUACUGGCACAAGCGCUUCCCGCACUGGCCCAUCAAGAUCCGCAAAUACUAACGACGAGCCAGCGAGGCGGGAGCUGCAGGCGCCGACGCAAAGCCCUCCACUGCAAGCAAGACCCGUGAUCAUACCGUAAUACUCUUCUCUGACGUCCGACAUUAAUCA